AUGAUUUAAGAGCUAGAUUAGGUACGUAAAUAAGUUUAGGAAGAUGUGGUUUUUCUUUUAUAGAAACUAAUAGAAGACAGUUUGGCUUAAUAAUCAAACAAUAUGGUAUAGGAAAUUAAUUAUAAUUAUGAGAUUGAUUGA